AUGUCUGCUGCAAAUUCUCGGCGUGCACCGCCCCAGGGGGGGUUGGCACGACUGGUAUCCAAAUUCGAGAACCUGGGAGCCUCGUCAAAAUCGGUUCGGGAUGAUGGAGCGACAUACGAGACCCCAGAUCGUGCUUUCGUCGAGUCAAGUCCUACCAAAGCCCCAUCGACACAUAAAGUACAAGAUGGCGCUGAAACUUUGAAAGCUGCGGCAUCGCCAUCUCCAGCUCCCGUCAGCGUGUCUCCGGCCAACCGUGAUGACACAGCUCAAUCAGGACCUGCUGUUAAAGAUAUACAUAUUGCAAUCGAUGCUACUCCAUCGCUGAAGUCGAAAAGACCACUGGCGCGGAGCGGCUCGGUGGUGGCGGAUAUGAGGAGAUUGUUCGAGCGAGGGUCUGUUGAGAAUACCGUUUCUAACAUCGUGCCGGCUACCUAUGAACCUAAACGCGGUGCUUCACCUACGACCAACGAGAGUAACGAACAGAAUGCACUCUCUUGUGCGAAUAGCUGCGCCAAAGGAUCGUCAAAAACAGGAGUAUUGCCAACUCAUGCCGGGGAUCUAGAAGAAUCAGAUCUGCAAGAGGGAAAAGAUGCUGUUCCAGACCUGAUACCCUUCCAUGUUGAGCAUCCCGAAUGUCUGCCACGACCACUUGCCUCUCCCGAUCGCUCUUCUCGGCGCUCUAAGGAGAGCGGCGCCGGUGUCAAAAGCAAAACGAGGGUCUGGCAAAGAGGGACCGAGACUCGAUUCAAGUUGCAAGGCGGCGCAUUUCAACACAAGACUCCAUCUCCGCUCAAGAAUAUGAUUGUUACAGGGAUAGGGGCUUGGUAUCCGAAGGCUGACAACACAUUACCUGAAGAGGUCCCGCGCUCAGAGAGCGAAACAAUGAAACAUGAUCCAAAAGAUGCAGAGAACUUGUCUCUGUCGCGGGGAGCAGGGGCCGAGCCGGAUUUGGCAAAACAUUCGCUGCCCGAUGCUCCUCUACAAGCCCCAUGUCAAGACACCGAAUCAUUAUCAACCGCUCAUACCACUAGCGACCCUAAGAAACUACAUCAGCUCAAGAGCCCAUCGUUGAAGACUUCCAGAUCUGUUCCCUCUCACGAGUCAAAAGUGUCUAGCCUUCGGAAAAUGUUUGAUAGCUCGUUGCCUUCAUUCUCGCCUAAGCCGUCGUUACGAUUGACUCCGUCGGGUCAGGCCCCUGCGCGCUAUACUUCAAGGGUGGAUGGCUCGCUCCCUGCACAGUCCAUGGCAACUUCUGCCAAACAGGGACUCAAGGAGACGAUUGGCCUUUUCGAAUCAAUGAGUCAUCAAAACGAUGGAGAAGACUUAUUUGAUUAUAUUCCCAAGGCUUAUACGUCUCCAGACAUUCUACAGUCUGGCAUACCUAAUGGCAGUCCUUUUCAGCAGAAGCAACACGGACAAAUGGCCGCCAAGGCUUGGGAUGUGACACCUACUCCGAGACUGCUGUUACCAUUGGAGGAUAGGCCACCCCGUUCAUAUAGUCGAUCUCCGGAUAUGGACACUAUUAGUAGUCAAGCAAGCGAUGUCAAACCUCUGCUCUAUACUAAGCCAUCUACGUUGAAGGCGAGCCGUCACAGAAGAGGCCUUGGGUCAAUACUCAGGCCAGGUUGGCGGAGGAAAGUGAAGACGAGUUAUGAAGACGCCGGGCCACAUGGCCACCCGGAGCCACGGCGAGGCUUCAACGUGGAUGGUGAGGGAGGAUUCGACUUGCAGUCGCAAUAUGGGGCAGACAAUUACGAGGAGAUGUCGGAAAAUACCUGCGAGUCAUUUCCCGUCAAGCAUCGGCUAAGCAUCAUUGACCGCCAUCCCUCUCUUCGCCUCCUAAGUCGGCGAUUCAUCUCUCGUAGCCACGGGCUAUUUGUGUCGCAGGCCCAUUGCCCGCUUCAGCAACCUCAGCCUGUCCGAGGAGGAGAGAUUCGGCGUAUCACUAGUCUGUGCAAGGACAGGAUGGCAGCGUUCAGAGCACGGCCUCAGACGGAGUAG